AUGAAACGCUUUCGAUCAAGGAAGAAUUCGCCCGAACGAGGUCAAGGGAGUCGAAGACCCUCGCUCGACUCCGACCCUCCAGCUCCACCACUACAAUCCUUUGCGUCGAUGAGAUGGGGGGGAAAGAAAAAGGUCGCACCACAACCCAAGCCCGAAAUAAACAUAUCAGCCGCGCUGCCGGCCUCAGAAGACUUCCGCACAAGUCUUCUCAUGCCAAAUCUGUCCGCCAGAUUCAGUAUGCUUCGAGAACAAGAUGACCCAUCGUCCAAGAUAGGAAAAGCCAACGAUGACAGCGUGCUCUUCCCGAAGCGAGCGUCGCGGCUGGAUUUGUUCAAGGGGCACGGCCUUUCUUAUGUAACAGAGGUGGACUCCCUUCAUGGGACCGUACGCCCCCCUUUCGCAUCUAUACGAACAGAGUCGUAUGGCUCUGGUAGUUACGACACAGACGAUGGCAGCGUCAUGAGCAGGUCUAGGCCUGGAGAGGGCAACACUAUGUUUGGAGGCCGGCAAAAGAUAUACAAGAUACCUGUUGGAGGUGCAGGAUCUGUGAAGCACUUCGGAGCCAAAGACGAUGAAGAGCUGCCGUCAGGUGUGAACAUGGGUGGAAAGGCGCUGUACGAAAGUGACAUCGCUACGUCCGCCUUUCAGAGGCUUCGAGAGGAGGAGAGGCAAGAACGGGAGAGAGCGAGCUUGGAACAAUUACGGUCGUCGAAAGAGCAGGAUCGUGACGGCUCGCCGCCACUUGCAAAAUACAAUCAAAACCGAGAAACCUCGUCCUCUACUAACUCCGGCCGAUCCCAACCUCGAACGUCCACCGCUGCGACUUCUGUUGCCUCUCAGAGAUCCAUUUAUUACGAAAACAUGAGUAGCUCUGCUCAUGCCUUAUCACCGUCCACGCAACCGAGCUCAGCUGGCUCGGACCGCCCUAUCCCUAAGGCCACCAGGAGGUUGUAUAGGCAGGAUCUCGAUCAGCACUUGCACGAACAACAGUCUUCCGCAAUGCAUAGACUUGAGUCACUGAACAAACCGCGUUCAAUCGCGGGUGGCCCCGCAAUACGAAGUCUUCAGCAGUCGAGGAGCGCUACCGGUCUGAAUGAUCGCUAUCAACGUGGAGGACCGCUGUACGCAUCCAAUGGGUUCCGCGCCGGUAGUCCACCUCCGUCUGGCACGCCAUCUAGAAUGGAAGAAUUCGACUUGGGUCUCGUCCCUGAUCAAGCUGUUAGCAAUCUCGCGGACUCUGGAUGUGGCAGAUCUCCUCCACUGAGCCCACCCAUGAGCCCAAGCCAUGAUCCGAACAACCAUGAUACGACCUUUUUGGCCGCGCUGGAGCCUAAUGACCUCGGCAAGGCUACUGCUUCUGGGGCUUUCAACAAACCGAAAUUGCAAUACGACGAUCGGCAGUACAAGGAAAGACAGAUUCAGUUACUCGAAGGCCGGAAUACGCCCAGUCCACAGCUCAUACGGCCCUUUUCCCCACAGGCGCUCUCCAUUGACGAGCAGACAACCGGCCGCAGCCGCAAUAAUUCCAUCGGAAGCACCUUUUCAAGGACCGAGUCGGUCAAACAGCCAUGGGAGCACCACAGAGAAGACCGUGUGCUGAGGGCUGUUCCAGAAAGAGGGAGCAGAGGCAGCUCACCUCCCGUCGACGAGCAUCACACCAAUACAACUAUGGAGCAAAGCUUCCUGGCUGGAAGGAGCAGCAGCGAUGUCGCUGAAAGCGAAUCAGAGGCCGAAUCAAAUUCCCCGAUAUCAUCAUUUAAAUCAAAUUCCCAAAGCUUUUCACAUCCUAUGUCGCAGGCAAAGCCCGUCUCGCUUGAUCAACAGCUCAACUUCGAUCCUGAAGCUAAUCAUCUCACGCCGCCCGCCGAAGAAAGCGCCUUUGAUAGUCGGAGUCACCUGAGUGAAUCAACGAUAACCCAGCCUCAGGAAAGCAAUGAACCGAAUGGGAUUGACGCUGACUCUCCGACAUUGGGCCCAGUGCGUGUUGCGAAUGGACUGAGUGGCCUCGUACACGCACAUCUGCGUAAUGACAGUGGCCAAUCCUCUAUAUACCCUGAGGACUCUCCCAGACCAGACAGAUUUCCCGUCGAGGUUCGCCAAAGCAUAUUUGGUCAUGAAUCGGCGCUUAACCAUUCACGACAAGGAUCAAAGGAUGACAGUGGUGUAAAUGGCGAAUACUGGGUCAAGGAGAGAAGGGGGUCUGAGCAAAGUAGUAUCGUGGCGCCACCACCGCUGUCUUUUGCCGCUCGACAUAUACUGCAACAGGCAACGGCGUUAAGGCAUAAUCAACAAAAUCCGAAGGCGCAGCAAGUGCUGACCAACGACAAAGCGCAGCGGCUCUUGGGUGGUGAAGCUCCUCGGUCCAGCCAUUCUCGAGAUAACUCAACCUCCUGGCAAGACCAGCUGAAGGCUCACCACGCACGUGUUGGAAGCACCGAGACGCAACAAGAGCGUGAAGGUCUUGCCACUGAGAUGGCGGCAAGGAGACGCAGAGUUCAAGACAACCUCAAGACUUAUGUCGAGGAUAACAGUAGAUCUCCCAGCCCAGCGCCCGGUGUUCGGCCUCAAGAAGAUGGCCUCGCAAGGCCAAGACAUCCAUUUGGAAUACUGAAAAAGACCUCCAGAGGCUCUCUGGUUGCAAAGCAAGAGCGGCCAUCAAAGGCCAUGAAGAUGCUGGGAAUCAGACCAGGAGAGGCCGGCCAUGAUGCACCACAGCCUCCGCCAGAUAUGUUCAUGGGACGCGGCCAAUUCCAUGACCGGGCCAUGCCACUAGGCAAGAAAACUUCGCCACCACCAAGACGACCUCAAGAUCUCCGUCAGCAUUCAGAUAAUAGCCCGGGCUCCGGACAACGAUUGCCCAACAGUGGCCGAAGUCAGGAGAAUCUUGCUCAAAGGAUAUCGUCACCCUCAUCGAAGUCAGGCUCUUCAUACUCUGAUAGCUCCGAGAAACGACUUGAGCCAGGGAAAGAUAGCGCCCCAUUGCCGAGCGUGGAUCGGAAUCGUAUCAAUGGAUCCCAUCCAGUCACGGCUGCCACAGGAUACGAGCCAAGAGAGGCACAGAAUGCCGCAAGACCCGCAGAUGGAGUGGUGGAUAGCAUGCCCCGCAGUGGCUUGCCGCCAGCCGGAAGAUCACAGUCAGCAAUGUCUCGACACCUUCCGAUGUCGCCCACAGAGCGAUCACAGUCUGCAAUGGGAGGCCGUCUUCGAAGCAAUAGCAAGCCUGUCACUCCAUCAUAUUUCGAGCCACGUGCCGCGCCACCGGGCACUCCGUUCAUGAUCAACCCCAAGCAAUCUUCUCGUGUGCCUCCGCCGGGCACUCCCUACAUGAUCAAUCCUAAGACACCCUCCCGUUCUCCAACAGUACAUCCAAAUCGGCCUCGCGCAGAAUCUACAGCCACAUCGAACGAGAGUCGGCCUUCUACCUCGUCCAUGACCUCCUCUCCGUCAACAUUGAUCCCGUCUCAGAGCUCUGCUAGUCUCUCAUACAACCGCCCUGGGAAUCCCCGCAAACGCUCUGUAAACAAGCAAGACAUAUCCGAACCCACCUUCGUCUCCUGCACCUCUUCCGUUGAUACCGUCAAUCUGCCACCAGGCGCCAGCCUCUCCAACGGUAUGGAUGCACCCAGCCCCACUCGUGGCCCACCACCUCCCAUUCCCGUCCGCGACUCUCGCCGAAAGCGCACUCAAACAUUCCUCCAAGCCCUGGGUCGGACCGAAAAGCCCCUCGAAACGACCUCCACGGAGCCAACGCCUAGUCAUCGAGAAGAUGACCCCUACGAGGAGUGCAGCACGUUCUCAGCAGACGAUGAACCAACUGCAUCAAGCAAGAUGAGGCAAAGACUAAGGAAAACAAGUAGUGAGGGAGGCUUGAACGCGAAGGCUGCUAGGCAGGCAGCGCUGCAAGCGCCGAGUCCGGCUGUGCCCAAUUUUGAGGUUCAGAGUCCCGGCUUGGAGCAGCAUUUCCCUUAUCAAGCGCAAAAGGAUGUGCCCGCGAGCGCUGUGAUGUUUUGA